ACGUGCUCUUGAAAUUUCAUUUAUUAAUGAUUGCUGAUCAUUAUCGAAGUGAACCUUGAAUUGAAUAUGGGUUCACUGAAGAAUUUGGCAGAUGUUUCUAAAGAGGAACAAUCAAAGUUCUUUAAAUCCUUCGACCAUGUUCUGACUGAUAUGGAUGGAGUUAUAUGGCAGGUAUACAAUGAAAUACCAGGUUCCAAAGAAUGUAUAGACUCUCUCAAAGGACGUGGGAAACGAGUACGGUACGUCACGAAUAAUCCCCUCGUCAGUGGCAUAGAAAUAUGGAAAAAAUUAGUGCGAGCAGGUUUCAAUGCCGAAAUUGAAGAUGUGGCCAGUCCAGUAGGUUCAGUGAUAUCUUACCUUGAAGACAUAAAAUUCAAAAAGAAACUUUUUGUUAUCGGAACGAACAGUCUGAAGGAAGAGCUUAGAAAGGCAAACUUUGAAGUUGCCCCAGAACCACCAUCUGAAACAGAAUCGCUUCAUACUCUUAUUGAAAAUAUUGGAGACGAUGAAGACAUAGGUGCAGUCAUCUUUUCAUGGGAUUUGAACAUGACCUACCUCAAAUUGCAGAAAGCCCUAACUUAUUUGAAGAGGAAAGAAUGCCUCUUCAUAGUUACACUUCCUGAUAAAAAACUUGAAAUAGGAUCCAGAGGACCAUUGAUUGGUACUGGGCCAUUCAUUGAAAUGUUGAAGGAUUUCAGUGGAAAAGAACCAGUCAUAACCGCAAAACCUUCUAACUAUUUUGCUGAGUUCAUCAGCAAAAAAUAUGGUGUAAUGAAUUCGAAACGAGUGUUAUUUAUAGGAGAUCAGAUAGACACGGAUAUGAAAUUCGCAAACAUAGGAAGUUACCAGAAACUCUUGGUACUUACGGGUUUAACCAAAAUAGAACACAUUCGUGAUUGGCAGUUUCCUGAAAAGUAUAAACCAGAAUAUUAUGUUGAAAGCCUCAAAGUUUUGAAUGACAUUUUGAUAUCCACAUAACGCUGUGCUAAACAGUAUCGCUUUAUUAGAAGGAAAAUAAAAUAAAUCUAUGUUAUCGACUAUACAUAUAAAUAUUAUAUUUGUGAAUCAUGAG